GGUCAGUGGUUAAGACGUUGACCUACUGCUCAGAUGGUUGUGAGUACAAAUCCCAGCACGGCCAAGCUGCCACUUUGAGCAAGGUUCUUAACCCUCAGCUGGAUAAAUGCUUGUGCUGAAUUACAGCAGUGUCCCUUUACCAUGUCUGCGGGAGCUGAUUAAGGACUGAGACGGGAAGGGCCAGGAUUGGAGAAACAGGAAACUGAUGAAAGGAAAUGAUGCAUGUCACACAGUCACACUGUGCCUUUGGUAAAAAGUGAUCCAGUCUCAAGGAACAAAUGGAGUUUAUCCUCAACAGAUCGAUGAAACUCUUACUUUUAGCAGCCUGGGUUUCAAGUGCGCUGGGUCCAUGCAAAGCUUCAGGAAUUUGCAAAUCCUGUCACCAGAACGCAACUUGUGACAGCAAACAGUGUUUGUGCAGGCAAGGUUUUUCUGGAGAUGGAAUCAGACAGUGCGUAGAUUAUGAUGAGUGCACAAACCUCACUAACAUCUGUGGGGAUAAUGCCAACUGCACAAACACAAUAGGAAGCUAUUACUGUAUCUGUGUGCCUGGAUACAAUUCAACAGGAAGCCCCCAAUUUCAGCCUAAUGAUGGAACAUACUGUAAAGAGGACCCAAAUAAAGACUGUCAUCAGGACACAGGAUGUAUAACAAUGACUGUUAAAACCACAAUUGAAAGUAUCAUUAACCUGCCAGAUCCACAGCAGCAAAUGGAGGAGAUAAAAAAACAAACAUCAGGUGACCUUGCUCCAGUCACAAUAAUCUCUUACAUUGAUGCCAUGGAAGCAGCUGCAAUACAGUUUGCAAAUGAGUCUCAGAAAGGCAGUGCUAUAAAUGCCACGAUCAGGAAUUUGGUACAAAGUGUCAACAAUCUGGUGGAAAAAGAGGAAUCGGAGACAUGGAACAGAAUGAGAGAAGAAACCAAAGACCAUUACAUAACUAAGUUACUGCAUACGGCAGAGCAGGGUGCAUUGGCUCUUUCUAAAGCAUAUAAACAUUCAGCUAAAGUGGAAAUCAAAACAGCUGAUGUAGAACUGAAACUCUACAAAUUUGACCCUCAGAAAAAACCGAACUCCACCAUCUCAGCAUCUAUAGGUGGAGAUUCCAUUUCACUCAGUCCCAAAUAUAUGAAAGCAGCUAAUGGGAGUGUCUCUGUUAUAUUCCUGCACUACGACAGCAUUGGGCCUCUGAUGAAGCCCACCUCUGACCCCGGGGUGAAUGACUACAGCCGAUAUGCCGAAGCUGGGGAAAUUAUAGUAAAUUCUCCUGUAAUAGCUGCUGCCAUAAGUCCAGUGAAAGCGUUCCCAUUAGAUCAUGUGACCUUCACUCUGAAACACAAUGAGCCUAUAGACCCUGAAACCGAUGAGAGCAAAUGUGCUUUCUGGGACUAUUCACCGAGCAACAUGAAAGGUCACUGGUCCAUCGAGGGCUGUAAGCGCUCUCGUGUCAACAAGACCCACACAACCUGCUCCUGUAAUCACCUGACACACUUUGCCAUCCUCAUGUCCUCUGGCCGUGCCAAUCUCGCUGCACACUACAACGUACUGACCCGCAUCACUCAACUGGGAAUGGUGAUCUCCAUAAUCUGCUUGUUCAUGUGCAUCUUCACUUUCUGGUUCUUCAGUGAGCUUCAGAGCACCAGGACAACCAUCCACAAAAACCUAUGUUGUAGCCUUUUCAUGGCUGAGUUCAUCUUUCUGAUUGGGAUCAAUAUGUAUGCACACAAGUUGUUUUGUUCAGUUGUUGCUGGGUUGCUGCAUUAUUUCUUUCUGGCUGCCUUUGCAUGGAUGUGCAUCGAGGGUAUACACCUCUACCUGAUUGUUGUCGGUGUCAUCUACAACAAAGGCUUCCUACAUCGCAAUUUUUACAUAUUCGGUUAUGGCAGUCCAGCAGUGGUUGUCAUAAUCUCUGUAACUCUUGGCUACAAAUACUAUGGUACAAAUUCUGUAUGUUGGCUAAGCACAGAAAGAAAUUUCAUCUGGAGUUUCAUUGGACCUGCAUGUUUAAUAAUUCUGGUGAAUCUGUUGGCUUUUGCUGUAAUCAUCUAUAAAGUCUAUCGUCAUACAGCAGUGAAGAAACCUGAGAUCAGUCACUUUGAAAAUAUCAGGUCUUGUGCGAGAGGAGCUCUCGCUCUCUUAUUUGUACUUGGAGCUACAUGGACAUUUGGUGUGGUGCACAUCCUCAAUGAGACCACUCUCACAGCCUAUCUCUUCACUUUUGCUAAUGCCUUUCAAGGGAUGUUUAUUUUUAUCUUCCUCUGUGUUUUGUCUAGAAAGGUUCAAGAAGAAUACUACCGAAUGUUCAAGAAUGUGCCAUGUUGUUUUGAAUGCCUGAGAUAAGGAAACCAGUGAAUUUUGGCCAAUCACCAACAAGGAAGAAAGCUAAAAAUAAAAAUAAACUCAUAAGUAAUUGAGGAUACUAAACAGUACUUUUUUGCCUACAAACAAAAUAAUUUUUUUUAUAUUACUAUGUAGCAAAUGUGAUAACCGAGGUCAUCGAUCAUACGUAUUUGAAAUUAAAGUUAAUUUGUUAUUUGCCUGGCAGCCCAGAAAAACCCAUAAGAUUACACUGUGAUUGGAUUCAGACAGAAAUAGACCAUCUGCCUUUAAAACCAACUUUAUAUUUUUAAGAUGGCUAUAUAUAUGUGCAAAAAUAUUUUCGUUAUAUAUUUGUGCAAAGACUCAGUUGGAUAAAGAGUCAGUUUUAUCAUUUAAAGAAAAAAAGGUCUGCAUGAUUAUGUCUAAAACACAAUAUUACUGCACAGCAAUAGGGGUUAUUUUUUUCUAAGAGUUUAUAAUAAUUUCCUUUUACUUGUAGUAGAGUUAUAUGCAAAUAUACUUCCAAUUGAAAUCUGUAGUUCAGAAAUAAAUAUAAAAUUUCACCAUAUGAAGGAUUUUCCCAGGAUGCCACAUAUUUAUUAUACACUGUGUACAUUUAAAACAAACAUAUUUUAAUAAAGCCUAAAAUUGACUGGUCUCAAAUAACAGCAAAAUUAUUCCACUUAAUAUGUACAAAACCUUUUAUAUGCAGUAACUAAUUCAUCUGAUCAGUUAUUUACUACACAGAGGUUUGUUUACAUUGUAUUUAAUGUUGCUUAACCUAAAGUUGUGUUUCUGCUUGAAAAAGUUUUGUAUUCUGUAUGUACUAUAUGUAUGUAUGUGUGUGUGUGUGUGUGUGUGUGUG